UAUUUUAUACAUUUCAAAAUCAUUAUAUAUUAUACAUUUUAUAUUUUAUUAAAAUGAAAAUAUGCCGUGCGAUGAUGCUUAUUGGGGAUAAUGAUGGGAAUAAGCUGUUGAAGAAUAUAACUGCUUUCUAAGCACAAGCAAGUAUAAAACACUUUUGGGGGUUACAGUGAAAAAGUGCCACAUGCAAACAUGUAAAGGUAAUAAAGGCUUUAGGUUUCUGAUCACUGCACUGAGAAAAAAAAUGCACAAAUAGGGGCUUUUCAACACCAGUCCUGUCUCCUAUCACAGGUGGGCAGUGUUUAUGGCAGGUGUCUCAGUCACAUUUUUAUUACUCUGCGCUGUUCAAUAAAUCACAGGCCAUACGGGUGACAAUCUCUCUCUCUCUGUCUCUCACACACAAACACACACACUCACAAGCGGAACGAGACAGGAGAGGACACAGAAGACGAAGGGGAGACAGCAGUGGGUCAUCUGUCAGUCUGGUUGUUUGUUGUUUAGUCAGUGGAUGUUUUUUAUUUGUUUCAGAUCAGGAUGUCAGGACAAAACAGUGAUCAACUGCACCGCUCCACUCUGGCCAUUUAUACGAGCAUAAUGGAGCAGUUUAACCCCAGCCUGCAGAGACUGGUGGCACUGGGAAACAGCUACGUUCAGGCUUUCCAAGCUCUUGCCGUCACCAGUGAGGCUUAUUUCAGUGCUCUGUCUAAGAUGGGUGAACAGGCCAUGCAGACUGUGUCAUCGCCUUUGCUGGGUGAUGUUUUGAUCCAGAUCUCAGACAGUCAGAGGAGACUCACCAAUGAGCUGGAGGGAGUGUUCUGCUGGUUCCACUCCGAGGUCCUUCGAGAGAUGGACAACAAUGUCAGACUGGAUAAAGAAUACAUAUUGAGCAGCAGGAGGCGCUAUGAGAUGGAAGUGAGAAACCAGGCAACGGCACUGGAGAGACAGAUGAGGCGGGGGGUCCCACAGGAUGGCAGCGAAUAUGUGCACUUUCUCAGAGAGUGUCAGAAAGAGGCGUUAAAGGAGGAAGAAAGAAGAUAUCGAUUCCUGGCGGAGAAACACAGCGGAUUCAUCCAGUCUGUUGCAUAUCUCAUGAACAAGACAGGGGGUGGCCUGCAAAACAGAGCAGAGGGGUGGAAAGAUCUGGUGAAUCACACAAGAGAAUCCCGUCCAUGCACUCCAUCACGACUGGAGGACAACAUUCUUGAUGUUAACCGCUGGGCAGAGCAACCACUGGGCACGGUUCCCUCUAGAGGCCCCUCCCCUCAGCCCAGUCAUUCCAACUCCGUCUCAGGAUUGGCCGGAGGCAGAGUGAUGCGAGCACUGGUGCCUCACCCUCCCUCUGCAAACUCCACCCUCCUGCCGUUCUCCCGAGAGGAAACCAUCACUCUUCUCAUUAAAGAGCCGAGGAACGGCUGGCUGUUCGGCCGCUCUGAUAGCUCUGGACGGCAAGGCUGGUUCCCAGCUGCUUACGUGGGCCCCAUGGAUGAACCACCUGGAACCCCUGAUUCAAGUGGCAGCUCUUUCAGACGCAGCAGCAGUAUGAGUAACCUCCUCGACCAACCCGUGAACAGAAGCCAACUAACAGCUCCGCCUGUACCUCCGCCACCACCGCCAGCUCCGUCAUCCAGAUCCAGCAGUUCCCGGCCGGUCACUCCCACCCCUUCAGAAAACAGAAUUCAAGAUAACUACAAUUCUCGACCACAGCUUUUUCCAAGAGGAACAAAUCCAUUUGCCACUGUAAAGCUGAAACCCACCAAAAUCAAUGACAGAUCAGCUCCACGCAUAUGAAUAAUAUUUGUUCACCAGCUAAUCAGUGCUGCACAUUUUACUGUACAUUGUUCAGCCAUUUUCAAAAACAUUAAUUUUCCAGUGUAAUCAGUAUAAAGCGUCACAUUUAAGACAAUGCAACUCAACAAUGAUCAACACUAGUCUUUAAAAGUCCAUUAAAGCAGGUAGUUAAUAUAAUGUACCUUUACCUUCAGCCUGUUGGAGGGUCUCUUUUAUAUAUAAUGACCUCAUAAAUAUCUGGGCACUUAAGUCACACUUAAAAUGUAUGAAUUUCAUGAUGUGGCAUAUUCAAACAAACACUGUGGAUUUAGUAGAUGUGUGAAGUCAGUUAUAUUAUACACAGGUAUAGUUCAUCUUAUUAACUAUGAACAUGUUGAACUGAAAACUUAUGAAACCUGACAAACAUAACUUGUGUCUUGAAAUGUGUCAAAUGUCCACUUUGGUUUGAUAUUUUGUCAUAUAAUGGAAUGACAUUCUUAAAUGUGGCUUGUAUGUCCAAAUAUUAGUUCAUUUCUGUGUAUUUUAAAACAUGACAACACUUCCUGGCUUUUCUUGUCCUGUGUCC